AUGACCUCUCCUACCCCGAUCCACCCUCCAUCGUAUCGACCCCAGUACAUGACAGUCGGCACCGGCGGACAGUCAUCGCAUGCUGCCGCUCUUAUGGAACAGUUGGAACAUGAUUCGGGUUAUGGGAGUAUGCCGGGGGAUGUGCAACAAAAUGGUGGCGAGAUGCUUGCAUGGGAGGAUGAAUUGUUACGAGAUAGGCCUACGCCGGCGCAUACUCCUCAAAUCCAUGGAAGACCCGCGACAAUGUCCGAAAACGAAAAGCGUGCUCUUGCAAGCCACGUCCACCAGCUGUAUUACAACCAAAACCGAGUCGCCCUGGCAAAAGCUAUCGGUCAAACCGUGGAACUCCUGAAACAACUUCAAGAGAUGAAUGCACAAUGGCCGGCGCAUUACCCGUCGGUGCAGAGAUCGGAGAACGAACAACAGCCAGGCCGGCCCAGCCUCGCCCAAGCGCAGUCCACAAGAGAUCACGCAGAGCUCUCACGGGAAAUCUUCCUCAAGAAGGCUGGGCAACAUCGACCGGGGGCCCCAAGAAGAGCAGGAUCAUCAGUCGGAGAAGACACUACAGGAGAGUCGAGCUCACAGGCACAACAGAGGAGGACACCGGAGCCCCGAUUGAUCACGCCACAAAUUGCACGAGAGUUUUCCAUUCUUAAGCUCGAUCUCAAAGUCGGUGCAUUGUCACAGGCCGAACUCGUUCACUCGCUAGAAAAGAAGUCGAUUGCAUCGCUGCUGGACGGAAAGAUCAGCCAAAGCGUACGGCAUUUGCUGGCCCUUCGAGACCGCAUAGAGGACACAUCCAGUAAAGUUCUGGUCACUGGUGAUCUGAACGCGGGAAAGUCAACCUUUUGCAACGCUCUGCUACGACGAAAGAUUCUCCCGGAAGAUCAGCAGCCUUGCACCAGCAUUUUCUGUGAAGUAUUGGACGCAAAAGAGAAUGGCGGUCUUGAGGAGGUCCAUGCAGUUCACAAAGAUUCCAUAUACGAUCGAAACGAUGAAAGCACCUAUGAUGCCUACUCACUACAAGAGUUGGAGAAGAUCGUCGUCGACAAUGGCCGAUACAUGCAAUGCAAGGUCUACAUCAAGGAUGUCAGAACCAUCGACCAGUCAUUACUGAAUAACGGGGUGGUUGACAUUGCGUUGAUUGAUGCGCCUGGAUUGAACUCCGACUCUGUCAAGACCACAGCAGUGUUUGCCCGGCAAGAGGAAAUCGAUGUUGUCGUGUUUGUCGUUUCGGCGGCCAACCAUUUUACACUAUCCGCGAAGGAAUUCAUCUGGCAGGCCGCACAUGAGAAAGCGUAUAUCUUCAUGGUCGUCAACGGAUUUGACAACAUCCGAGAUAAGGAAAGAUGUCAGAAAUUGAUUCUUGAGCAACUCGCCAAACUCAGCCCACAAACGUUUAAAGAGGCGCAAGAGUUGGUACAUUUCGUGUCGAGCAAUGCCAUACCCAUGAUACCAUCGAUACCGCCCAAUGGAAGAGGAGGUGGACCCGGCCCUUCCAACCCUCCGGAUGACGACGGUGACGAUGAGCCCGGAAAAGGAAAGGGGAAGGACAAGGAGAAAAUCCGAGAUUUCGAAGUUCUUGAGGGUGCUCUCCGGAGAUUCGUGCUAGAGAAGAGGGCGCGUUCGAAACUGGCACCGGCAAAGACCUACCUCAUGAAUUGUUUAGGCGAUAUGAAUGUCCUCGCGACGGUGAAUCGCGAUGUGGCACAAUCCGAACUUGACCGAGUCUCGAAAGAACUGUCCGAACUUGAACCCGAGUUCGAAGAGAAACAGAAGCAGCGCGUUGCCGUCUCAGAUCAGAUUGAAAAGGAUAUCGACUCGACAUCUACAGACGUCUACGACCAUACACGAUCAACUUUGACCAGUACUAUUGCCAAUGUCGGCAAAGCCAACCUCGGUAUCGAGUACCCCGGCCUCUUUUCAGCAUUCCAAUACGCGGAAGAUCUUCGAAUAGCAAUGUUGAACCAGAUCUCAGCAGCCGUUACCAGCUGUGAAGCCUACGGUCGAACCAGAACCAUCCAGGGUGUAAGCAUGAUUAAAUCUCUUGGUCUGCUGCACGUGGGUGAUGGCUAUGAGAAUCUUAAUUUCCAAGCGGACAAGAUGUUCUCCCGGCGAAGGGACGCAUUGGUCCGAUCUGUUGACACGGAUGUCGAGGUCUGGGACUUCGUCGACGUCACCGGCCUAUGGGAGCGACAAGAAAAGACGGUGGGCACCGGUCUAGCGCUGACUGUCGUGGGAACAAUGGGUUCUAGGGCCGUGGGUGGUGCAGGCUGGGUUGACGGCGCUUUCGGGGCGGCGAAGAUUCUGGGAAGUCGAAAUUUGAGAAGGUUGAUUGUGCCGGGUGUCGUUGCCGCAGCAAUCCUCACCGUCGCCUACAUUCUCUCGACCAUCCCCCAAACACUGCCUCCGCGCCUUGCGACGAAACUGUCCGCCACUCUAGCACAAAUGGACUACACACACAGCAAUGCCAGCCGCAUCGCCGCCGAAGUCCGACGUGUUCUCCGCUUCCCAGCUCAACGGUUGACCGAGGACCUAGCCCAUGGUGUGGAAGAACUGAAGCAAAAGAAAGAGGACGUCUCUAAAGUCAAGCGCGAGAGCGAAGUAGCCAGAAAGUACUUCAGCAAUUUGGUGCGAGAUGCGUCUGAAACAAGAAGGCGAGUCUCAGCGAUUGACCUUGAAGGGCCGCCUGGGUCGGCGGCUGCUUAUGCCAGUUGA